AUGUCGUCCAUGCGCAAUGCCGUCCAACGGCGCAACCACAAAGAACGUGCGCAGCCCGUCGAGCGCGAGAAAUGGGGUCUCCUCGAGAAGCGCAAAGACUACAAGCUGCGCGCCGCCGACCACCGCUCCAAGAAGGCCAAACUCAAGAUUCUGAGCCAAAAGGCCCGCGACAGGAAUCCCGAUGAGUUUUCGUUCAAGAUGAUGUCGUCAAAAGUGGACAAGCAAGGCAAGAAGGUUGUGGAUCGGGGCAAUCAGGCGUUGAGCACCGAGGUUGUGAAGCUGUUGAAGACACAAGAUGCUGGAUAUAUCCGAACGAUGUUGCAGAUGGCGAGGAAGGAGAGGGAAGAGUUGGAACAGAAGCUGAUACUUGAGGAGCAGGGAGAGGCGAGGGCGGUGAAAGAUGAAGAUGCAACAAACAGGCGCAAGCAUUGUGUGUUUGUAGAGAAUGAGGAGGAGCAAAAGGAAUUUGAUCCAGAGGCUUGGUUUGGGAAUGGACAGGAGAUUCCAGGGCAAACAGAACCAGAACAGUGGCAUGACGAAUGGGAAGACGAUGACGAUAAUUCAGGGCCACGAAAACACACACUUUCGAAGAAACAGCUAGAGAAGGAGGCAUUGGCCAAGAUGCAGGCGCGAAAAUUCCGGAAAGACAGGGAAAGAGCACAAUCACGAACCGUCAUGAAGCUAUACGCAGCAAAGCAGCGGGAAAAAGCGCUCGCUGCAGCGGAAAACGAACUCGACGCCCAACGAGCAAAGAUGAAUAACACAGUUGGAGGGGUCAACAAGAAUGGUGUCAAGUUCAAGAUUCGCGAGAGGAAACGUUGA